AACGCAAUCCAGGAAGAUAUCAAGGGUGUUGAUUUUUCUAAGAACCGAAAAAGGUUGGAAAAACUUCACCUCAAAGCUUUGAACAAAUUUUUAACUGCCAGCCUGAAGCCAAAAUUUUAUGGUUCUUGAAAAAGUGAAAUAAAGGACUUUUUUGGAGAUUUCUAUUUUUGCACCAAAAUAACUGUAGCAGGAGAUAAAUGUGAAGAGUUUCAGCUACUUGUAUAAUUAGUCUUAUCUUUUGACUGAUAAAAUUUAUUUCAUUAGAUUGUAAAUUCGUGUCUUAGGUAUAGGAUUGAUUAAAUUCGAGGUAAAGGAUUGAAUUUUCCUAGAUGAAUAGAUGAUUUGAGAUAUUUCAGUAAUUUUUCACGGCUUAGAGUCUGGAUUCUUAGCUUGAUGGCUACCAUUUUCUUAUGUUCUUAAAAUUAACAAUACACUAAUACAAACUAAAGUACAAAAACGAUACCACAGGGGCAUGAAUCUUCAUAACAACCCUGUGGGCAUUCAGAACUAUCUCAAAGUCUAUUCCAAAAAUGAUGCUUGGCAAAAAUGAUGCAGGGAGAGUAAAUAAAUGCCAUGCUUUAAUUAUAUGGCAUAUUCAAAUGGCAUGAAUAGUGUGUGGAGCCAUGGCGGAGGAAAUGCAAGGUGGCAAGUGAAUACCAUUUGGUAACUACCUUAUUUCAUCUCGUAUAGUCACGCGAUUAUUGUUAAAGCAGUAUAACGAUGAAAAAGUCAAAAGUAUCUCUGCAAAUACAUCACUAAGGGAUAUACAUACAUCAGAGCUUUGAGAUUGGAUUUAAAACCCCUUUUUCGGGUCUGCGUGCAGAACCGCGCGUAUUCCUUGCCUAAUGAACUCGUUCACAUGGAUGGUCUUAACGACCUUCCGCGAAACACCGUUAAGUCACGCGACGGCGGUUUUAGCAGUUCUCUUUUGCAUUUCGUGUCAUUUCUAAAGAUGAAAAAGCAUUUCUAUAUUCUAAUGUGAAAAUAAAGUUUUCAAACGAGUCUGAGAAUUGCCAUCAAUGUUGUUCAACGUCCUAACAACUUCACCUUAAAUCAGUUCGUGAUACGCCGAGAGUGCAUUUCGAAAUCCUGGCGCCAGUUUUCGCACCUUCAAUAACAGGGCUGCUUCUGUCUCGGGUGCAUGGAAAAACAGUGCUACAAACGCUCAUAUCAAACACAAUAUAGGCAGCAUGGCCACUACAGACAGUACACUAGAAGAAUUUCGAGAAACCAUAAUAAAGGACUAUGGAGACCUUGGACGGAAGAGGAGAAUAGGACAAGUAUUAAUCAGGAGUGUCAAUGGAAUCAAUUUGAAAAUAAAUCGUUGGCCAUACAGUCUGUUCCGCAGUUUAACCACCCUGUAAAACUAGUUUGGCCAAAGAAACCGUACGAUUAUAUGUUCGCUGAAGGUGAAAAGCUUCUUCGUGAUUUUCCUGUACAAGCCACAUUAGAAUUCGUCUCGGAUGCAGACUCUGAUUCUGAAGAUGAUGAUUAUGAUGUUGACCCUGAAGAUAAUUCCUUAACUAUGGUCACAAGUACAACUGACGUUGUAGAAAAGAAGUAGGCCAUUAUUUGCCCAGAAUAUUAGCCUUCGCGAGUGUACUCCGUGUAAGAAAGAUUGAAAAAUAUGGCGGAGAUAAGGUACUAGAAGCCAUUGGCGAUCCUGGACAGACACACGAGUAAGAGCAAAUACAUGAAAACAGGAUACAAAUAUAUUCAAGAAUCAAUAGUGGAAUUGUAUUUAUUCAAACAGCAGAGAUAUAAAGAUUCAACUGGAAUGUAGGGUUUAUUUACAAAAUAUGAACAUGCUUGUAAUCUUAACCAAAAAGCCUAAAAAGACAGCUCUGAAAAUGUAUAAUUAGUUAGAAUACGUUUGUAUUCCAUGGUAGAAGUCGUCAAGAGAUCAAAUCAUAACCUGGUCAGAUUAUUAACACAGAUUGUGAUAAUAGGGGAUUUGUGUAGAAAACUACCUCUUCAAUUUUAGAAGCUAAUGAAUUUGAAACGAUGGUUUGUGUACAAACUAAUAAUAAGUUCUAGGCUGAGCUGUGCUAAACCUAUAUUAGCAUUUUUGAUAUUAUUGGGUAUCAUAGUAUUUAUCCAAUUAAUACAACCUAUAUUAGCAUUUUUGAUAUUUUUGAGUAUCAUAGUAUUUAUCCAAUUAAUACAACCUAUAUUAGCAUUUUUGAUAUUAUUGAGUAUCAUAGUAUUUAUCCAAUUAAUACAACCUAUAUUAUCAUUUUUGAUAUUAUUGAGUAUCAUAGUAUUUAUCCAAUCAAUGCAAUCUAUAUUAGCAUUUUUGAUAUUGAGUAUCAUAGCAUUUAUCUAAUCACAUAGGAAUUAAUGAAGUUUAUAUUUAGAUCUUUUUUAAAUAGCAUUUAUAAGAUGAUACUGGCACCGUUGCAUCUUGUUAUAUGCAUAAUUCUGAAUGAUAAAUUUGAUAUAAUGAAAGUCUAGUUGUAUAGAGAUUUUUAUGAGAAAUUUAAAAGAAAGAUGAACUUAGAUAAUUAGCACAAUUCUUAUUUAGACUUUUUCUACCUGCAUCAGGUUAUUAAAUAAAGAAUUAAUCAAAGAAAAAGUCCACUGAAUACUUCUGGUUUUUUAAUUCUAUCUCAUCUCUGAAAAGCGAGCCAGGGAGAAUUUUUGGCUUGUGGUUUCACCUUAAGUUUGAAAUUAGGAAAGUUUUUUUGGCAAAAAAAGGCUAAUGAAAAAUUUUCCGAAAAAAGAUGCUCGUAUAGAUAAUUUUAGAUU